AUGCCGAACCGCUUGUGGCUUGAUAGCCAUCUUUACCGGUGGCCCCUACCAGGAGGAAAGCGAAAUGCGGAGGAGGAAGAGGAAGAUGAGGAGUCGGACGAGGAGGGAGACGAAGAAGAGAAUGAAGAGGAGGAUAAGGAAGAGGACGAGAAUGAGAAGAAGGACGAGGAUAAAGAGGAGUUGGAUGAGGAGUUGGAUAAGGAGUCGGACGAGGAUGAGGAUGAGGACAAGGACAAGGACAAGGACGGGAGGAAGAAGGAUAAGCGAAAGGAUAAGGAGGAAGUAAAGAAAGCAGGACAGGGUGAGAAAGAUAACAAGGAAAAGGACGGCGAGAAGAAAGCCGAUGAAGACACCGAUGAGGGUGAGGAGCAGGGCAUGGGAAUGCCAAAAAGUAAGCUGGGUGGAGAUACAUACGAUAACCAAGAUGUUUGA